AUGUCCAUCAACGACAUACUCGCCGCCUGGCACAAUCUUCUCACCUGGCUCUCCGCUUUGACCCUGGGUCAAAUCUGGGCCAGAAUCUACAACCCCCCUAAUGCUCGAAAUCUCAUCGUUGCAGCAGCCAUCAUUGGACCCGAAGUGCCAAAGUACGUCAAGAGAUUCAAGGCAUGGAGAGAGAGUAGACGAGUCGUCAGCUUCAAGUGGACCCUUCCGGAUGCCGCGAAAGACGGAUGGAAAGGAGAGGUUAUCGAAAACCCUAGCUUGUCUUCUCAUGACAAACAUCCUGAAUUACUGCCUUCCGGUCCAGGAUUGAGAGGCGUCGAGUUCUUGACAUGUUAUGACCCUUCCACUGGAUACCACCUCGAUACUAUCCCCUUACUUUCGGCAGACCAAGUCGCAGCGCAGCUCGAGUCGGCCGAACGUGCCGCACCUGCAUGGGCCAAGACUACUUUCUCCCAGCGACAAAUGCUUUUGCGAAGUCUCAAAGCUUGGGUAUUGAAAGAUAUGGAUGGAAUCUGUCGUGUCGCUUGUCGAGAUACGGGAAAGACGAAGGUCGACGCGGUAUUUGGAGAGAUUCUUACCACUCUGGCGAAAAUCGACUGGCUGCUCAAACAUGGCGAAGGCGUCCUUGCGCCUUCAAAGCGACCAGGGAAUCUCUUAAUGGCCCACAAGGUCUCAAAGGUGCACUAUCAACCACUUGGACUCUGUCUCGCAUUAGUCUCUUGGAACUACUCCUUCCACAACCUGAUCUCUCCAAUCCUGGCUGCUCUCUUCGCAGGCAACACUAUCGUCGUCAAGUGCUCCGAACAGGUCGCGUGGUCCUCUCGGUACUUUAUGGACGGGAUAAAGGCGUGCAUCAAGGCUUGUGGAAUGGAUGAGCAUGCCGUCGAGCUUGUCGUGUGCUUGCCCGAAAUCGCAGAUACGCUCGCUCGAAACCCAAGGGUCAAGCAUAUCACCUUCAUCGGAAGUGAACCUGUGGGCAGAAAGGUCUCCGCUGCGGCCGCUGAGAUAAUGGUCCCCACGUGUAUCGAGCUGGGAGGAAAGGAUCCAGCAUUCUUAUUGCCGUCUGCCGAUGUCAAAGAAUGGUCGAGUCAUCUUAUGCGAGGCGUGUACCAAUCGGCCGGCCAAAAUUGCAUCGGUAUCGAACUCGUCAUGGUCCCCCGAACCCUCUACCCAUCACUCGUCUCCAUGCUCCAACCCCGCGUGAAAGCCCUGCGUGUAGGAACGGAUGUGGGCUCUCUAUUCUCCUGCAUGCCUAUCAACAAGCUGGAAAACAUCGUCGCCUCCGCUGAAAAGCAGGGUGCAGAGGUCUUAGCCGGAGGAAAGCGAUACCAUCACCCAGAGUAUCCGGAAGGGAGCUACUUCGAACCGACUCUAGUCGGCAACGUGACAUUCGACAUGGACAUCGCCAAUACAGAGCUCUUUGCUCCGGUGAUGAGUGUGGUUCCGUAUGACAGUGUCGAUGAGGCUAUCGCCUGGCUCAAUAAGAGUCGAUUUGGACUUGGCGCGGGAGUCUAUGGGAAUGACAAAGCGGAAUGUAGGCGUGUAGCUGAUGCUCUGGAAUGCGGAAUGGUCUCGAUCAAUGACUUUGGCGUGUUUUACCUCAACCAAGCGGCUCCAUUUGGAGGCUUCAAAGCCAGUGGACAUGGCAGAUUUGGGGGUGAAGAGGGUCUCAGAUCAUUGUGUAAUCCCAAAGUUAUUGUGGAGGACAGGAUAUUCGGCUACAUCAGGACGAGAAUCCCAGCGCCUGUUGACUUCCCUCUGCCGGACGCUACGGUGUACUGGGGUUUCCUACGCGGAUUGGUGCACCUCGCGUAUGGACCAAGCUUGUGGACGCAAGCAAAGGGUCUUCUCGGCCUCAUCAAAGCUUCUAUCAACUACAAGGCGGUCGAGACGAUCUGA